ACUUUGACGUCAGCAGUCCUCCGUCCUCACACAUGGGAUCGGUGAUCGGUCCGAGUGCGGUCAGGCACCUUCGCACGCGCCUGUGAACGCGUUAGUUUGUGUUUUUUCCUCCAGACCCGGGUCCGACUGUCUGAGGGGUUUCAUGUAGGACUCUCCAGACCACCACAGCAGACCACCACUCUUCUCUCUCCUCUUUCUGGAUCUUUCUCUCUGUUGUCUCCGUCUCUCUCGGUUCGGUCGGCUCGGAUCCGCGGUUCCCCGAUCAAGGAGGCGAGAUGGAGAAGAUGUGCCGACAUCCCGUCCCGCUCACCCCGGGUUUCCUCCCUCCGUCGACGCACGGAGUCCUCAAGUCUCUGCUGGAGAACCCGAUGAAGCUGCCCAUGCACCAUGAAGGUGAGUUCUGCUGCGCACUUGGACCCGGCUGGUUCCGAGGUUCAGAUGUGAUCAGUGAGGACUCUGCGUCUCUGUGGAACCUCCAGCAGGUCCUGAAGAUCCACUAAAAACCUCCUCCUGAGAGCUCACCUGUUGACAGGAGACUCAGACUCGGUUUUCAGUCCAGGAGAGGGUUUUAGUGAUCUGGGUCCGAACAGAACCGGGUCAGGAGAGUGUGAGGAGUGACUGUAUCUGUGCAGGUGAAGUUCAGGUCUUCUAAUAUUUAAAGAUGUGAACCUGCGGACAUGUUCAGACCUGCUGCAGGAUUUUAAAGGACUGGGGGGUAAAAGAGUAAAUCCCUCCAUCCUGAAAAAAACCUCCUCCCUCCUCAGACUCUUUCCUGGAGGGGGUUAAAAUCUAGAGUUAGAAAAAAAACCAGAAACAUUUAAACAUUUAAUGACAGUUAAAAACAAAAAAAAUCAGGUGAAAAUCUGUGAGCGUGUUACAUAAGAGCAGAGAGGAGGGAAAUAUUGAUGUAAACAUGUGAAACAGGAGAGAGAGAGGACAUUCAGCCUGAUGGAAACACCUUCAAAUUAAAGCUGUUUUAGUUUAAAUCUGAACAUAAAGAGGUUUUUAAAGAUUACUCUUAUUUAUUUUAUCAUGUCUGUAAUCUUUUAUGAAUUCAGUCCUGUUAAAAAACUCAUUUUUUAUCUUUUUUCUCCAUAAAAAAAUGUGUUUUAAUGUCAGUUUUUGUCACUAAGAUGAUUUCAAAAUAAAUCCAAAUAUUAUUAAAAACAUUAUUAAUCUUUUUUCUCUCUAAAAAAUGUGUUUUAAUGUGUUUAAUGUUUUCUUAAAGACUCCAAAAACAGGAAACUGGACUGUGUAGAGUCGCCUGUUUUUGGAGUCUUAAAGACCUGGUGAAUGAGAAUCUACAUGGACGUGUUUUAAUGUCAGUUUUAGUCGUUUAGAUGUUUCAAAUUUAAUUCAAAUAUUAUUAAAAACACAAUAAAGCUUUAUUUUCUUUCUGAAUUUGUUUAAAUUUAAAGAUUUUAGUGGAAAAACAGUUAAUGUGUUUAUAAUCAUGUGAAAUUUACCUGCAUUUUUUGUCAGUUUGAUUAAAGUGACUGUUUCAAACUGAAAAUAUUUAUUAAUUGUUGUUGUUUUUAUAACCAAAACUAUCAGUUUAAAUUCUGUUUAUUUGUUUCCUUAAGUGAUUAAAUCUCCAAAUCUGUUAAAUUUAAACACUGUAAAUAAAAACUAUUAAUGGAGAAUAACUGUCUGAAAUGAAUAAAACCACAACUUAGAUUUAAAAAACUUACUUAAAAGAUAUUUUGUUCAAAUUUUUCCUUUUUUUAACUUUAAACUCUGAAAUGAUGAAAAUCACAAACAUGAAGAUGAAAAGUGAGUGUCGCUCCUUUACUUUAUUUCUGAACUUGUUUCCAGCUUUUAUUUUGAAAGAGAAGUUGAAAAAUUGUCCAGAAUAAUGAAUUUUAAAAAUUUCACCUUCUUGAAUCUCUUGAAAACAAAGAUUGGAGAUCAUAAAGACAGACGGAGGAGACGCCUGCUGUGAUUUUCUUUCUCUCUUUAUUUCUUUGACCCCAUAAAUUGAAACAUAAAUGAGUCGUAGAAUCGUCGUCAGGUGUUUCCAGAACCGUUCAGAUCAAUAGUUUAACAUGAAGUCGUUCUUAUUGAUUCCUGUGGGAGAGGUCCGUCUGUACAUGUGGAGGUCAGAGGUCAGCUGAAGGUGAUAGAGGUCCACAGAUGUUCUCAAGGUAAAGUCAAUAAGAGGCCGAGUGGUUCUGAGUAGAAAGUUACAGAUCUGAACAGUCAGUUUUCUGUUUAUUUUCCGUGUUUAAACUCGUGUCUCUGAGGAGCAGCGAUCCUGUAAACCCAGAUCUGGACCAGCUGAGUCACGGGUUUGGCUCCUCGUCAUCAGAGCGGAUAAAAGUAUGUCUGAACAUUCCCAACGAAUGACGACGUAGGAAGUUCAGAGGGUUGGGCCGGCAGAUCCACUUCAAACUGGUUUGAUACCAAAACCUCAAAGCAGCUUGUUUUACCAGUUUGAACCACUAGGUGUCUCUUUGAGCUCUGCUGCUGCUGCUGCUCUGUUAUUAUUGACAGUUUUAGUUAAGAAUUAAUUAUAAAGUGAUCAGGGACGGAAUCACUGAAGAUUAUUAGAUGGAUUACGGUAAUUUCACCACUUUUCAAAGAUUCACCGUAAAAAGACGGAAAGUCACUGUGAGCGGUAAUGCCGCCAUUUUCCAGAAUGUUAGCAUCGGCAUUCAUUAGAGGUGGGCGUUAACGACUAAACCCUGCAUUGGCGUGAGGGGCGUGUCUCUCAUGUGCUCAUCAAACCCAGAAUAUGUGAAUGAAGGCAGGCUGAAAAAACUCGAUGUUUAAAAAUCUGUUUAUCGUGUUUUUCCACCUGAACUCGACCUAACUCCUUCCUUUGUCCUCCAGCGUUCAGUAAGGAGCAGGAGAAGGAGAAGAACCUAGAAGAUGAGCGCAGCGCCCCCCAGUCGGCCUUCCUUGGCCCCACGCUGUGGGACAAAACCCUGCCCUACGAUGGCGACACCUUCCAGCUGGAGUACAUGGACCUGGAAGAGUUCCUGUCGGAGAACGGCAUCCCCUCCAGCCCCGCAGAGCACCAGCAACACCAGCACCAACCACACGCUCCUCCACCGCACCACCCGCCAAUCAUUCCCCAAGCCACGCCCACACCAGCGCCAUCAGUGAUGGACCUCAGCAACCACGCCACCACCUCUGUACGCACCGCCAUCGUCUCUCCAAACUGCCUUCACAGCAGCCCGGCGAGAGCAGGUAACGCACACUCUGAGGUUUUUACAACAACUUUAAGGUUUCAGAAAAGACGAGGAGAGCUCUGGAAAAUUCGCUGGUUUUCCUUUAAUAUUUAGUUUUGUCGAAGGCAUGGAGGUUAAUCCGCCAUCUUUGUUCCUACGCUGUGAAAAGAGCGGUGAAAACAGUCCCUCAGAUCAGCAAAACUGACUUUAAGUUUGGAGUUUGAUGGAUAGGACAGAGUAUCAUCAGCAUACGAAGAAAGAGGAAGUUCAGGGUUAGAGCGACCGAGUUAAACCUUAGACACGUCUUCUAUUAGGGUCAUUACGGUACAGACGAUAUCAGGUCCAUCAGAUAUUCAUAAACCACAGAUAUAAUGUUGAUUUAUGUGGAUUACAAAGUGUAAACACGUUCAAACACAGCUCCAAAGUUUGGGUUUUAAAAGAGUCAAAAAUCACUUAAAAGCCUAAAACCAGCUGAACUCCCCCGCUGUUUUAUUUCUGCAGAUUGUCAAUUAACAGAACGUCCCAGAAAAUAUAAAUAGGAAACAAAAAUCUCACACGCUCCUUCUUUAAAAAGAUCACAUGUUUUUCUUUUGGUUGUUUUUCACUCAACAGCAAAAACAGCAACAAGAGCGUCUCUAAGGAACAGAGUUUUAUUAGGAGCCCCACGGUUUCCUCUCUCUCUCUCUCUCUCUCUCUCUCUCUCUCUCUCUCUCUCUCUCUCUUUUUCUCUCGCUCUCUGAAAACAAAAGCCGUUCGCCUCCUUCGUGUUGUAGCUGCAGGAGGAGGACGAGUCUGUCAGCGUCUUUGUCCUCUUGCGUGAUUAGCGCUGAUGGACGUCCACACAGCGGACCGUUGUCAGUCAGAGCGUCAAGCGGGAGGAAGGCGUUCAGAGCUGCUGAGGAAACGUUUGUCUUUGUUUGAGAGAAUCAAUCAGCAGCACGGCGUUAAAAAUGUCAGAAAAACUUCAGAAACCAAAAAUAUUCACCAGGAAGGAAAACUUCUUUUUCACUCCAAGAUUGGAGACAUAACUGAACUAUGGCUGCACACCAGAAACUGAGCUCAGGGUACCAGAAAAAAACACCAAAAACCUUUAAAAAAAACACUAAAAACUUCUAAAAACAUCAAAAACCAAAGAUAAAAGUGAAAACCCGCUCUGUCCUCGAAUAUAAAGUUGAUUUUUAGUGUCUGGAGGUUAAUUUAGUUAACCCUGUCAAAGUUCAGCAGAUCUCCUGCUCCAGUUUUAUGAUCCUGACUCUUACAUAACUUCAUGAUGUUGUUCUGUUAUCAUCCUGUUUUCAUCACGUCACAUGAGUGUGGUCUGAGGAAAAAACAAAACAAGAAGUCAACAGACUGAAGCUCAGCAGGCCGGAGGCUUUUAAUUUGAAAGGGUUUCAGAUUUCCAGAGGAUUUUAAUUUGUAGGGGUUUUUGAAAUUUUUAGGGUUUUAAUUUGAAAGGGUUUUAGAUUUUCAGAGGGUCUUAAUUUGAAAAGGUUUUAGCUUUUUUUUUUAGGUUUUUAAUUUGAAAGGGUUCUAGAAUUCCAGAGGGGUUUUAUUUGAAAGGGUUUUAGAUUUAUUUUGGGUUUUAAUUUGAAAGAGUUUUAGAUUUAUUGUGGGUUUUAAUUUGAAAGGGUUUUAGAUUUAUUGUGAGUUUUAAUUUGAAAGGGUUUUAGAUUACCAGAGGGUUUUAGUUUAAAAGGGUUUAGACAUUUUAAACAUCUGAUGUUUUUUCGUAAACAUAUUUAUAUUUCUAAGUCUCAUAUGUAAAGGAGAAAAAUUGGAUGAACACUGAAAUAUCCCUUUAAAAAAACGAAAUAUCCCUUUAAAAACACUGAAAUAUCCCUUUAAAAACUCUGAAAUGUCCCUUUAAAAACACCGAAAUAUCCCUUUAAAAACACUGAAAUAUCCCUUUAGAUUGGCUCAGGUGUAGACGGAGGUUUGAGGAAGUGUUCUGACGGAAGGACUGAAGUCUUUCAGGGUUUUUGGGGGGUCUCUCUGAUCCGUCCCCCUUUUCUGUAAAAACCUCUUCAUGUAGAUUUUAAGACCCUGUUAGAGGAAAAAAAACCUCCAUCCUGCUGGUUAAUCCUGUUUUUCCAGCAAACGCAGCAGAACAAAGAGUUCAAAGUUCAAACCCGCGACCUUAGCGCGGCCUGAAACCUGCUGAGUCAGGAGAGGAGGAGGUGAGAGAGCGGCGUGUUCAGGUGUGUUCAGGUGUCUGAGAGGGAAACACGCCACGAGGGACGGAGGGAGAGGACGGUCCGAGUCAAAGACCUGACAGAUGUCCUGGUCUUAGGCAGACUGUCCGUGUGUGUGUGUGUGUGUGUGUGUGUGUGUGUGUGUGUGUGUGUGUGUGUGUGUGUGUGUGUGUGUGUGUGUAUGUGUGUAUGUGUGUGUGUGUGUGCGAAUACGAGAACUUCCGCUUCAACUCUUUUGCUCGCGGUGUGUUUAUCAGGAAUGAAAACAAGCCGUUCUCUCUGAGCGUGCAGAAACAUGUGACCCUCCUGAGUGUGUGUGUGUGUGUGAGUGUGUGUGUGUGUGUGUGUGCAUGUGCGUGUGUGUGUGUCCCUGCAGAGAUCAGAGUUUUAGGAACACACUGUUCCUGCAGAUGUAGGCCAGUGGGCGGAAACCUCGACAAUUAAAGUUCAAAAAAUCUGUGUUUAUAUUAACACACACACACACACACACACACCUUCAGGGCUGUAGUGUGCUGGUCAGAGUUCAUGUUUGUGGUUUUAGAGAUUUUUGUUUGAGCGUCUCGAGGAGUUCACGUUUGUUGUAAAUCGUCGCUGUUUAGAUUUAUUGAUCGAUCGAUCGAUCGAUCGAUCGAUCGAGGAUCAUUGUCACAGGGAGAAAUGAAAGGGGCCGAGGAUGGAGCCUUGAGGAACCCCACAAGAGAUUGCACUUUUGUGAAGCCCCCUUCAUCGGCCUCCAAAAGCCCCUCAGGUGUCGGGGGUCCUGAGCAGAAAAAUAACAGUACUAAUCAGGGCCAAUGCCGAUACCGAUUAUUAGGGUGGAAAAAAUCUGAUUACCAAUAAUCUGCGGAUUUUUUACAUUUUUUAUGAAGUUAUAAAAAAUAUAAAUAUACUGUAAAUAUCUACAGUAUACUAUAUACUGUAUGCUAUACGAUUUUUUUUUAAUACACUGGAGGCUGCUGCUCGUCAUGCCGACAGGAAGACCGACUGAUCAAACUCGGACCGGAAAAGCGUUUUAUACGGUUUAUACCGUCAUACCGCCCAAUUCUAGUACUAAUUGACAUUUUGGUUAGCAGGUACUUCCCUUCAUACAGGAACUUCUUGUCCUCGAAGGCCACCGUACUUCAGUUACAGGAGGAGUGAGCAAAGGAGCAUCUCAGUCUAGAAUACGACAAAUGAAAUAUUCUCAUUUCUACAAAAAUGAUCAAAAAGUUUCUAAAAACAAACAGAAACACGUCUUUUUAAAGCAGCUUCUGGGUUAAUGAGGAGAAAACAAAACAUCAUUGAUUAGACGAGGAUCAAACAUUGCUGAAGACGCCCCCUGCUGGUGAGAGAGGCUGUAAACAGACUGAAGAUGUUGAUCCUCAUGAGUGUUUCUAUACAGCGAGCGUGUUUGUCCUUCAGUUAUAACCAGAUUCAUGAGCGCAGGGUUGAACUCCAUCCACCAAGUUUGAGCGCCGUUUAAUCUGCUGCUCCAACCGCUAAAAAUAGACGAAUAAUCUAAGACAUAAUCUGGCAUAUUUGCAUUCCCACAUGGCGCUGUGACGGCGCUGCAGAUAAGGAGGCAGGAACAGCCGAGGUUAGCCAGCGUUCAGCAGAUAAUGAAAAACAAACAGAGACAGACAGGAGGAGGAGGAGGAGGAGGAGGAGAGGAAGCACAAACAUCCUCAUCCUGCUCCUGAGGUGGAGUCUCUGAACAACCUGAAAUAUUUCCUCUGUCUGAAAAAAAAGUCUCUGAUCCAAACCGGAGCGAGAACGGAGAGCUCAGAUCCUUCAGAUCUGGUCUGCAGAGAGUGAAGCUGAGAGUGUUUUUCAUGUCUUUAGUUUGUUAAACCGUCCUUCAGAAAAAUAAAUAUCUGACAGAAAAAUUACUCUGCAGAAAUCCUGAAUAAAUGUGUUUUUGUAGAGCGAGAAACGAUGCAAAGUCAACCGUGUGCAAACAAAGAAAACCUUAAUUUCCUGUCAUAUUAACAGAAGUGUGUUAGGCCUGUAGGGGGCGCUGCUUGACCUGGACUAUGAACAAAAAAGCACACGGUCUCCAGGUCUUUAAAGGGGGGGAGCAGCCCAAUAGUACAUAGCUGCGUCCGAAUUGCCAAGUAGUAGUCGAAGUAGUAGUCGAAGUAGUAUCUAGCAUGUCCGAAUUGGCCACCGGAGCGAGUAGCAUGCUACUUCAGAUACUACUUCAGAUGCUAGACACGCCCACGUUGUAGGUUGGUCUCGGUGCAUCCUACGGGCAUGCUACUGACCCAUAAUGCACCGCGGGCUUCUUCUUCGUCCUCUUAAAAGUUGUAGAAGCGCAUGUGAUGCUAGCGCCACCAGCUGCUGCCUAUUUAGAUGCGUCGCGAACGCCGGCUGGCCACAGCAGCGCGCACCAUGUCGCGGGACCGCAGCAGUACAGAUGUAAGUUUCAUGUAACUUCACACACUGUCCUAAAAAAUGUGCGUUUGUAUCUCUUUGUCAUGUCAUGGUGUCAUAUUUGCCCAAGUAAUCAUUUUAUGAGCAAAUAUGUGGCGACAUCAUGGAGGUAAAGCUCACUUAUUCCAUCAUUAAACUGCACAGCUGCAGUACUACAGCCAGGCCCGCAGAUGAGGGGCUUCAGUUACCACUGUCUGCACGGGCGCAGUACCUACUCUCUGCCUGCGGGGGUCGUCUUUCCCCACCGCUCGUCUAGUGUGUCCGAAUUGGGCCAACGUGUUUAGUAUGUAGGAGUAGGAUCUAGCAGUAGCACGUAGCAGUAGCAUGUAGUAUCCGAGCGGGCAGUUCGGACGCAGCACAUGUCUGCAGAGCCGAAGAGCCAACCUUCUUUGCGCCCCUGCUGGACAGAGUAGGUCACUGCAUGACAGAUCCACAACCCUCUUUUGUUCCACAUCCGUUUUUGUGCCCAGAAAUUUAAUUUAAUGAACAAGUUGAUAAAUGAUUAAAUCAGUGACUGCAGUCACAAAUUUAUUAUCGAAUCAAAAUAAAGUCUUAAAAUUCUGAAGAAAGUGUUCAGUUCUUGGGAAUCACAUAUUUAAAUAUUAAUCUAGAUUUCGUUAAUUUUACUAUUUUUUACUUACCAUCUUUUUCUGUAAUGUCUGCUUUAUUCUCCCAAAAUAUCAACUUCUAUUAUCCCAAUAUCAGAGGGACUGGCCUCGCUUUUAUACUCUUCAUUCCUCGGCGAUGAUUUUGACCCUAAAUCUAAUAGUUCGUGUCUGCAGAGCCGAUGAAUCUGAUAUUUUCUGUGUUUUUCUCGUAUAUAUUUAUGUUCAGUCUCAUGGUCAUUAUUAGUCAUCGCACUUCUGUUUCAUUCACUACAAUGCUAGUCGCCUAUGGGUGAAAUCGUACAUUUCCGACUUCGGACAAGGUAAUGUUAGCAUUAGCUUGACCGAGAGUUGCAAAUCAAAAGUUCCUCUUUCUGUGUGUUAAUGAAGUUUGAAAAGCGUAAGAGCACAAAACGAGACCGUCAUCCUCGCAAACCGAGGAGGGUCACGUGACUCUCAGCAGGAACGGAGCGGGGCUUAAAGAACAUCCUUCACGCUGUUAUCAGGAAACUUCACACCUGCUCCUUAAACAACAACAUCCAGACGGACAGGGAUAAAAAAACCCACUCUGUGUGUGUGUGUGUGUGUGUGUGUGUGUGUGUGUGUGUGUGUGUGUGUGUGUGUGGAGGAGCAGGUGGGAACAGCAGAACAGAACAGCAGCACAUGAUGUGCCUCGCUGCAGAAACGUGACGCUGACAGACAACCAGACACGUGCACGAGUGUGUGUGUGUCUGUGUGUGUGUGUGUGUGUGUGUGUGUGUGUGUAACAUGAGUACAUUUCUUCUGCGUGAGCCGCUCGCUCGCUCGUAGUUCCUGAAGUUUCCCACUGAGCCCAGCUGGUCUCAGGUCUGAAAUCCACUCCUGACCACAUGUGAGUCUGUUUACGGCUGCAGGACGGAGGGAAACACUGACGCCGUUACUGAACCGCCUCCACCCGCUCCACAUCCACCCGCCCCCUCCUCUUCAGAGCUUUAAAGGAAAACCUGUGAGGGACCAAAGUCAAAAACAAAAAGGAAAAAACUACAAACUCUGAUGACUGAGAGUGAAAGAUGUGGUUCAUUUAUUUCAUCAGAGCGUGGAGGAGACGUUAGACAGUUCAAUCGGCGUUUGCAGGUAUCAGUGUGAGGAUCGACGGUCCAAUCAGGAGCAGAGGGGUUGUGUUUGUUUACUGUCAGUCCUGUUUUUAUUUUAUACGAGUUUCCUCCUGCCGUCUCUGCUGAUGUGCAAGAAUAGAAAUCUCAUUCAGCUCCGUCAAAGAGGUUGUGGUAAAAUCAUGCGGGCAGUCACACAUCGAAUUAUGUAAUCCAUGUUUCCAUGUUUUUCCAUUUUUCCAUUAGCUCUCUCUCUUUUUUUUUUUAACAGGAAUCACUUCAUCUCUUUACCGUCUCCUUCACUUUUUAACAACAAAGUUCCAACCAAAACAUCGGAGCAAAAAAACACACGGAUUCGAGCGCGUUUCCAAUUUCCUCCGAACUUAAACUCACCUGAGGUCCUCACAAAAAUAGACAAACACUCACACUCUCAGACACACCUGGCCCUGACCCCGCAGGAGCAGCUGGAGAGGAAAAACAAACGUUCACUUCCAAGAACCGCAGCAGAGGUCCGAGGAAGAGGAGGGAGGGGGGGUUCAGUCAUCUUCACACCAAACUUUAAAUUAAUGUUGUCAUGACAACGGCUGCUGCGGCGAAAUGAACAGCCUAUAAAAGCGUAAAUAUUUGUUUAUAAAGUAGAAGACAAAAACAAAAAACUUUAAUUUUCCAUUAUUUAUACAGCUGUAGUUACUGCGUUUCACCACAGGGGGCGCCAAAGAUGACCAAAAAUCUCAGUCCCAUCAGUGAAUUGUCUUUUUUCUCUGAAUAGAUCGUGUUUGUUUUGGCCCUAAUGAGCUCCCGUACACCCUCAGGACUCCAACAGCUUUAUUAGUUUUUUUUAUGGGGAUCAUUUCCUGAAGAACACUUAAUAAAAACGACUUUUUAACACCUCAUGAAACACAAACGUCCUCCUCUUUAGUAAAUAAGCUAUUUAUAUUUCUAGUGUUAGUGUGUGUGAGUAAUUUUACUGCUGGUACGGCUGAUUAAGACGCCCACAGAUGGAGUUAUGUAACGGCUGACUGUCCUGAAAACCAGGGUGAAGAAGACGAAGUCUGCAGAAAAACAGAAGCUCGGGAUUCAAGAGUCAGGAGUUAGGAUUGAGGAUUCAGGGGUUAGGAUUUAGGAUUCAGGAUUCAGGAGUCAGGAGUUAGGAUUUAUAUUUAAUCAAACUAUAAAUUUGGGAAAACAGACUCGAGUAAAAACGCAGAAAUCUACAGAAACCUGUUUUUAAAGAUGUUUUUUUCAUAUUUCUGAUCUCACUUUUUCUAGUAUCUUAAUGUCCCUGAUGGUCAUGUGAUCAUGUGAUCCUAACCCCGUCACAGCUCAGAGCUCAGAGGACAGAAAGAUCCCGUCAGUUCGUCACACCUGAUAUCUGUUCAGGACGUCCAAUCACACGUGUCGGUCAGAAAACUGCUUUUAUUGACGCUGAAAUACUUCCUGUUUGUCACCUGCUCACAGACCUGUCUGUGUGUCCGACCCCGCAGGGAGGGACACACACACACACACACACACACACACACACACACACGCACACGCACACGCACACGCACACACACACACACACUCCCACUCCCACUGUGCUGCAGUCUGCUAAAGCUUAGAUAUUUCGCCCUCUGCUGGCUAAAGUUUGUCACUGCAGCCUCAAAGGACACUCAUGAAGUCUGAUUUGAUUUAAGAGAUUUUUAGGUUAUUUAUGUUAUUUAAAUGUUUUUUUUCUGUUUCUAUUUAUUUAUUUAUUUUCCUGUUUCUAUUUUUUAUUCAGUUUUUCUGUUUGUGUUUUUUUAUUUAUAUUUUUAAUCUUUUAGUUUUUUAUUAAUGUCUUUUAUUUAUGUUUUUUCUUUUUGUUCUUUUGUUUGUGUUUUUUAUUCUUUUUUUUCUGUUUCUGUUUUUGUUUAUUUUUUAUAUUUUUUAUGUACCUUUUUUAUUUAUGUUUUUAUUUAUGUUUUUCUCUGUUUGUUGUUUUAUUUAUGUUUUUUUCUGUUUUUUAAAUAUUUUUCAGUGUUUUUAAAAUGUUUUUUUGUUCCUGUUUUUGUUUUAUUUAUAUUUUUAUGCUUUUGUUUAUCAAUUUUGUUGUUUUUCUCUCUUUUUUAUUAAUGUUUUUUCUCUUUCUGUUUUCAAAUAUUUUCCGUUUUUUUUUUAUUUAUUUUGCUGUUUCUGUUUUUGUUUUUAUGUUUAUUUUUUUUUUUUUAUGUUUUUUAAAAUAUUUUUUUAGUUAAAAAAAAACAUUUCUGUGUCCUUAUUUUAACCCCCGUAAACUAAACACCAACAUUUCUCCCUCUUUUUCUUCCCCAGGCCUCCCGAACUCCAGAAACACCCCCAGCCCCAUCGACCCAGACUCCAUCCACGUCCCCAUCGGGUACGAACCCGACCUGGCAGAUCUGGCUUUGUCCAGCGUUCCGGGUCAGGAGAUGUUUGACCCCCGAAAACGCAAGUUCUCCGCAGAAGAGCUGAAACCGCAGCCGAUGAUCAAGAAAGCUCGUAAAGUGUUCAUCCCUGAAGACCUGAAGGUAAGCUGGAGCUGGUUCUGACGGACCUCCAGAGUUCCUGACCCUCCUCUCAAACAUUUGAAGGAUUCAAGUACUUCCUGUUUUUUCACGUCUCCUCUCUCCUCUCUCUCGCCCUUUGAGCAGGACGACAAAUACUGGGCUCGGCGCAGGAAGAACAACAUGGCGGCCAAACGUUCCCGCGACGCACGGCGGCUCAAAGAGAACCAGAUCGCCAUCCGGGCCUCCUUCCUGGAGAAGGAGAACUCGGCUCUGAGGCAGGAGGUGGCCGAACUGAGGAAAGAGCUCGGGCGCACCAAGAACAUCCUCAACAAGUACGAGGCGCAGCACGGGCGGCUGUGAGGACGCACAAACGCACAUAAACACUCUGAACACACAAACACACACGUCCUGACGGCGGCGGCGCUCACAGCAGACAGAAAGCAGAUAUAAAUGAGUUUUUCGAGGUCCUUUUUCUACAAGAUGCUUACUGAUUUGCGCCAGAUAUGAUCUUGUUUUCAUAAAGGAUGAUGUAUAAACUCUUUAUUUUUUUUUUUGUUUUUUCUUGAUGAAUUUUGUUCUCAAAAGCUGUUUUUUCUGCUUUUUUUCUGCGUCUUUAAUAGCAGAAAACAUUAAAAAUCAACAUUUUAGUUAAAAACAUCUAAAACUAAGUCAGAUAUCUUCUCACUUUCUAUCUUGACUUCUCGGCAGCAGCAUAUUUCCACUCCAGAAGUAUUUAUAAAAACAAACUUUCGUGUCUUUUUAAUCUUCCUAACGUUCGUCGUCUGCAGUUUUCUGCUGCUGUGAGCUGAGCCCGUUACUCAGGAUUAUCUAACACACACUUAUACAGACGCACACAAACACACACACACCCACACGACACACACAGCUGUUAGGACGUCUCUACGGCCCUGUGAACCCUCCUCAUGGACCUCCUCUGACCUUCGACCUCCAAGCCCCUCCCCUCUCAGUGUUUGGUUAAGGCACUUUAGACCGACCGACACCCCUCCUCACAGACUCCGCCCCCUGCCCCGCCCCCCUGCUACACCUGUUUUCUGUACAUACCUGCCUUUCUCCUGAAGACUGUAAAUGAAUGUUCUCACCUGUGGCUCACCUGUUCUUUCUCUGACAGUUUUUAUGGACGUUUAAAAUCUUUACUGGAAGAUUCACAAACACGGAUUUUGAUACCGCUCUAAAAAAAAAAACGCUCCGAUUAUUUUAUAACCGCCCCGAAAAAAUUUGUAACUUUUAUACACAAAGUUUUGUCCACAGAGCCUCUAUAAGACUCUGACUUCAUCAUUAUUAUUAUUAUUACUAUUUUAAACGUUGCUGUAAAAAGAUCAGGGAGUGAAUCUUUAAACAGAAACUGCAGUAAGAGAGGAAACCAAAGAGUUCGUCUUUGGAGCCCCCUGGUGGCCGAGACGGUCUGUGCGGCCUCAGUUUAUCUCUCUCUCUCUCUCUGUCUCUGAUGAAUGUGGUCAGACUCGUCAGUUUGAUCUUGUUCUCGGUGUUUGUAGAUUUAUUUCUUCGGUUUGAUCGGUUCAUGUUCGAGUCCUCGUGUUUGAGACGAAACGGCUGCCUCUGUACAAAUGUUCUAGUCCAGAGGUUUCCAUCCACUCAGUUUACAGAAAAACUCAAACACUGUAGAAAUCUGACCCUGCUGCAGGAGCGCCAGAUCUCAGAGGAAUCAUGGGGGAAAAACAAGUUCAUUUUGAACAAGAUUCAGUAAAAGACGAAUUCUCAAAAAACAAAAAGACAAGUUAGAAACCCGAUCAAGGAGAAUGAUUGAAGUCAAGACAGUAUUUUGUGUGGCUGAGAUAAUCUUACAAAACAAGAUAACACUCAAGAUAAAUUAUUUUCUUAAAUCUUCUUUUGAUUUCAAGAUUACAAAUUUACUGCGCAAGAUUGUGCCGCAUUUAAAAUACAACUUUAGAUGAUAUCUGAUGUAAACUCUGAUCGCAUAAAGGUAUCUUGUGUGGACAAGAUUAGUAAGAUAGCUUGUUUGCGUAGAUAGUGUUUGGCAAACAUGAUAAUCUAAACAUAAUAUUUUUACACCUUAGAGAAAUAAUGGUAUCUUGUUUAAACAAGAUAACUUUCUAGUGCCAAGACGUGCCAACAAGAUAGAUACAUUUGUUUCUCAAAAACUGUGCCAAUAAGACAACAAGUUUAGGAUCUUGUGUAAACAGGAUACAGUUGUAACAGCAUAGAUGACCAUUUCAGAAUCUUGACUGAACAAUAUAAUUCUGUCUUGGUGCAAGAUUUAACAGUUAAAUGAUAUUUUCUGUAAACAAGAUAAUCACUUGGAUGUUGGAGCAAAAAUCUUAAAGAAACAAGAUGAUUUUUGUACUGGGCAUCUUAUUUGAACAAGAUACUUUCUACUUGCAAGAUGCACCAACAAAAGUAUUUUAUUAAAAGUUAAGUAUCUUGCAUAAACAAGAUACCCACAGGAGCAUUAACAUAAAACUUUCAUGCUGGACAAAGUAUCCUGUGUAAACAAGAUAACAAGUGAAUAACUUCAGUCAUUUGAAGAUACGUUUCUCCCAAAGGCUUGUUUGUGCAAACAAGAUAACAUGCUUGGGAUUUGCAUAAACAGGAUAUGUAAAAAUGAUAUGACUCACCUGUCUCACCUUCUUAUGAUUUUAGUCUUUGUGGACAAGAUGAAACGCCACACAAAAUACUAUCUUGUUUGAAAGCAAGAUAUUAAAAAUUGAAACCUGUGUUUGCUGAUCUUGCUGAUCUUGCGCAGGUUUUGAACCCUUGAAAAAUUGUAUUCAGCAUCUCCUGAGCGUGAGCAGCUUUGAGCUCACAUGGAUCUGGUUCUUUUUGGUUUUCUGUCAGGAUGAAUCUGGCGCAACAAGGCCUGAGCAGCAUGUGUGGAUUUCUGCAGUGAUACAUGGAUCUGAUUGGCUCAGAUUAAACCCUCACCUGUCAUAUAAUCACAGUUUAUGUCAUACAUGGUAUGAUGUGCGUAAGUGUGUGUGAUAACAGUAACACACACCCUCACACACACACACACACACAGACUCACAUCAGUGUUUCCGUCUUUAUUCUCCCGGCAGCUCCUCCUCCUCCUCCUCGUUUGUUUUUCUGUUUUUUUUCACACAGGUGAGUCUGGACGUCCAGGUGAACCCUGUUUUUAGUCUCAUUUAAAGAGCGCAGAGCGAGUUCGUACAGAACGAGUUUUCUGUUAUUAUUAUUAUUAUUUCAGAUUAUUUCAGAUUAUUUCGCUCUCUGCUGUUUCCGAUGUUUUAAAAUCUUUAAUUCUGUUUAUUUUAGACUCCGGUCUCGUCCUCUUCAGUGCAAUAGACGCUCUUUCUUGUUCUCGUUUUCCUCUCUGUGGUUUUCUCCGAAGUGUAGCCCAGCGACAGGUGCGCCCCCUGGUGGCAGCGUGAGACAUGAAUGUAUAUUUGAAACGUUGCGUGAGUGUUGUUGUCUUUACUGUGGAUUCACUUUAGUACUCUUUACUACAGACCAAAAGCAAAGCGUAUAUAUAUAAAUAUAUAUAUGUAAAGGAUAUAUUGAUAUAUUAAAGGUUUUAAUGUUUAUACAGAGAUAUUCUUCUUGUUUUUGUACAGUCUGUUUUCCUACGUAGAUAUUUCCUACAUAGAUAUUUCCUCCGUAUUUUGGGAAGGGUGACAUGAGCAGUAUAUUCAAUCUAUAUUCAUAAAUAUUACCAAAACGGCGUGCCCGUCUGUGAGGGCAAUGCAUGGGCAUUACCUUUUAAAGUUCGUCCUGCCCCCCUCCUGCGUAGUUGAAAUACCUCACCCCUCCACCCUGACCUUUUUGACCUCCAUCUCACCUCUGCGGGCGCCACGUUCUCUCUCUUUUGGCGCUCCUGCUCUUCUGUCUCCGGCGAGGACUCUCUGUCCUCCGUGUAGAUGCUUACGUUUGUGAAGUUCACGGCUCAUCCGGCCCAGAUGAAUGUAUCCGCCCGACCUGAAGCACUUAUACUUUCAUUUGACCUCUUUCUCUCUCUCUCUCAGUGUGGUUUCUCUUACUCUCUCUCUCUCUCUCUCUCUCUCUCUCUCAGAGCUGUUUGAAUCUGUGUUUAAAGAGAUUUUUUCCAUGUUUGUUCCUGAUUAUGUUUCACAUGAUCAAAAUGAGAGUAUCAAUAAAAAGUUUGAACCUGUCU